AUGCCCAAAGCUCCCCUCCUCAAGGGGCUUCUCCUCCCCAUUGGGGAAAUACCUCUAGACAGCAUCCACCCCGACCCCAACAUCAGCUGCACAAAGAAGGACCUUAAAACAAUCACCUCUUAUAACCUCCUCCCCAAGAAGGAAAAGAGCAUGGUAGUUCCAGGUAGACCUCACUCUCCCCACCCUCAAUCCACAUCUACCCUCAUCCCCAGCAUCCCCCAAACCACCACCAAUACUGAAAAAAAAAACCAAGGAACCCCCUCGAUCUACAAACCCCCCACCACCCCCACGCACAUCCUCCCGGACUCAGGAAAAUACAUCCUAGACCCCAACAGCCUCAUCUUCCCCAACUGCAGCUUGGAACCUCUCCUCCGCGCCAUCACCACCACCACAACCACCACCGGCAAACCCAAAGUGAACCUCACCACAACCGACCUAAUAAGCGACCGGCGCAACCUCCGCCUCCUCCUCGGCUUCGUCAGCUCCAGCAAAAAGCCCUUCCGAAUCGACGUGGAAGUAAUCAACACCACCGUCCUCCUCUCCCUCUGGACAAGCAGCAAGACAAACUUCGUAGGCCAAUUCCAAGGAUACGGCCACUCCUUCGAAAAAGCCUCGACGUGGAACCCGCGCUACGUGCGCGGGAGCAUCAUCCAUAACCGAGCGGUGCGGUAUACCCUCGGCGGGAUACAUAUCUUGCUGAGAUAUGAAGUGGAUGCAUGUAUGCCUGGAAAACCACCACCAGCACACACUUCCACUUCCACCACUCCCACCAAUACCAAUCACCAAUCCCCCACCGGAAUCAGGGUAAUAAACUCCGGCACGUUAGUGCAUCCUAACCGAAUCAUCGAGAUCAAAACCGGACCAGUGAGUAAACGCCUCGACAACUCGAAGAAUCUCGAGCAGAUGUGGUUCUCUCACACCCCGAUUCUAUGUACGGGGCAGUAUCAGCCUGACGGGACGUUUCUGCCGGCAAGGGCGCAGAAUAUGGAGAAGGAGGGGAGGCUGGAGCAGUGGGAGAGGGAUAAUGAGGAGAAGAUACGGAAGUUGGUGAGAGUGUUGGAGAUGGUGUUUGAGGUGGUGAGGGGCGUGCCGCAUAGGUGUGCGUUGGUGCAUGAUGGGGAUGGCGUGUUGAGGGUGUAUCAGGUUGAUGAGAAUGCGAAGGGGGGGUUGGGGAGGGGGGUGCCGAGGGAUUUGAGGGCGUUGUGGGAUGUGGAUGUUAAGUAG